UGUUCGCCUACGGAGGCCGCGAGCGGUCAGCUGACUAACGCGGAAGUGAACAGAAACAUUGCGGAGCAUUUUAAGCGCUGUUCGGGAGGACUGAGUGCGUUGUCUUGUGUUUUUGUGGCACCAUGGUUCGGUGUUUCCUGAUCCACACCGUGUGUCCGGUCUCGGCGCUGUCUGCGGGGGAGAGCAGGGUCCUUUACUCCCGGAGCUUCGGUCCGGAUGAAGCCGUCCUGUCGGACCGGUACCGGGACCUCAGGCCGGAGGAAAGACGACUCCUGCAGAAGGAGAAAAUUGCUGUGGUGGCGAGGCAGGUGCGAAGCGCCGUCUCCCUGUUCCGUGAGGCCUCGGAGCGGCCGCCGGUGGAGAUGCUGCCGGGCGACGAGGCCCUGGCUCUGCAGGAGGCCGACAGCGGAGUGGAACGCCUGCGCGCCGGAGACCCCUUCUCUGUGGAGACGAGCGCCCUGUGGCUGGGGGUCCAAAGUCUGGCCUUCACGCUGGUCUGCGAGCCCCACGAGAACCUGCUGCUGGCCGAGGGGACCCUCCGCAGCCUGACCCGGCACUGCCUGGACCACCUGCACAUGCUGGGGCAGGGCAGCGAGGUCCUGCUGAGGAGCAACCGCAUCGACGCCCUCCUCAGCCGCCUGCUUCCUCACGGGCAGCUCCUCUUCCUCAACCACCGCUUCGCCCAGAGCCUGGAGAAGGACGUGGCUGCCUACAUGGCCAAGUGACGCCGCUGUGCGUUGAGGGCGACCUCUCCCGCUCCGGUCCCCGCGCUGCCGGCCUCCAAACACCCGCGCCCGCUGUUGUCUGCCUUCGGUGACUCCUCGGCGGCGGCAGAAGAAGCGGCGGCUGCUGGCAUCUGCUGUUUCAGAUUGCACGAGUUGGUAAACACACGGAGUGGUAAAUAUCUCCCUCAGCCACUCGCUGCUCACUGUUGACUGUUGACUGUGUGGGAGGCUUCAGUUCAAAUCCUGUUUGUCAAAUUGAAGAGUGGAAAGGAGAAUGUGGCAGACUUAAGUGCGCGGCUGAGGAGGCCAUUUAAAAGCCACUUGUCAGCAUCAAAGGCUGUUAUUUAUCUGAUUCGCCAUAGUUGAAGUGCCACAGCGUGACCUUGAGCUGCCGGGCUUCACCUGCGUUUUGACAGCUUUUGGAAAAGGAAUGAAUCUCGAGUGCAUUAUUGGCUCAUCCCGGGCCUCUAGUGAACUCGUUGCUGUUUGCGACUUCAUGUGCAAAAGAAACAAGCAAAAACAGAGAGCGAAGCCAAGUGACAGUCAGCUGUGCUCAGUGUCAGGAUUCAUGAGACAAUCUGCAGAGAUGCUGGCGUGCAGGAAGCAUCCAGACGUAACGAAUACAUGUUGAUGCAGCUUUCAUCAUCUCUCGUUUUACGUUUUUUUUUCUGUACUCUAAUAAAAAUUAAAACUAAUUUCUUGAA